AAAUUUCAUAUUUUAUUUGGUUUAAUUAUACUAAGCCAUGUAAAGGCUUAGUUUAUGAAGUUUUGGUAUUGUUAGUUUACUGUCUAUUAUUAUGUUGUGAUGUAAUAUAUAUUAUAGACUCUGCCAUACGCUAUCAAGAAAUAAAGACUCUUUUUAUUGAAUCCUUGGUUUUGACUAUUUUCAGGCCUGCCAAAGACAAUUGUGUCAGCUUUCUGUAAGAAGCACGCAGCACCCGAAAGGUAAAAGGAAGAAUAUUUGCUUUUUAUUUCAAUCUUAACACAUCUCUCGACAUAUCAAGAUCCUUUCAUAAUGCAUUACGAUGGUGUAUUUAGUUAUAUUGGACAGUUCGGAAGAUACCAGAAGUUUGUAUAUUUGUUAAUAUGUGUACCACAGAUCUUCAGUGCUAUACAAACGUUGCUGUCUGUUUUUAUACUCCAUAUACCUAAACACAGGUGCCAUCCAGAAAGUAUCAUUUCAAAACCUUUGGGUGGUCCGUAUCAGAUACCAACCAUAGAUGACAUAAAGCCUAACAAUGUAACAGUUCAUUUGCAAUGUGAAAUAUUGAACAUGCGUCAAAACUCCACGGAAAUAGAAGUAAAGGUCUUACAGAAUAUGAUAUAUCGUUGUUCGAAGUGGGAAUAUGAUAGGACUUAUUUUGAAAUGACGUAUGCCAUGGAGAAUAACUUGGUCUGUGAGAGGAAGACCGACACGACACUUGUAAUGGUGUUAUUUAUGGCGGGAUUUACUGCUGGUUCGCUGUUCACUGGAAUCAUGUCUGAUGCAUUUGGACGUAAGAAGACCCUAAUGACCUCUAUAGUACUCAUCUCCAUACCAAACAUUAUCUUGUCCUUUGUUUCCAACUUUGUGGUAUUUGGUACCUUACGGUUUAUUUCUGGAUUUGCCGUUGGUGGACUACUGGGAACUGGAUAUGUUAUAGGUGUUGAAUUGGUGGGCCCCGAGAAACGAAUAUGGGCAGGAAUAAUAUUUGAAUUUUUCUGGGCAGCUGGAGAAAUGCUCCUUGCACUAGCAGCAUAUUAUAUACGAAAUUGGAAAUAUCUUAACUUGGUAGUAACCAUACCAUCGCUUAUUUUUCUCAGCUAUAUUUGGCUCUUGCCAGAAUCACCGAGAUGGUUAUUGGUCAAAGGGAGAGCUAAAGAGGCAGAAGAGAUAUUACAGAAGACUGCUAAAUACAACAAAACAAGUCUUCCACACAACCUGUUUGAGAAACAUUAUCUAGAAUCAAAUCAAACAGUACCUAUAUGGACAAUAUGUAGAUAUCCUAAGCUGGUGCUGGAAUGUCUUGUCAUUAUCUAUGAUUGGAUGAUGACAAGCAUGGUUUUCUAUGGACUUGGAAUGAAUGCGGGAAAUCUUGCUGGAAGCAUUUAUGUGAACUUUUUCAUGCAGAGUUUUGCUGAGGUUAUUGGAUUUGCGGGCUGUAUAGCAUUCCUUCAUAAAGUAGGAAGAAAACCUGUGUUCAUUGUAUCAAUUGAGAUCAGUGGUAUAGCGUGUUUGGCAACCUUCAUUCCUGUGGUAUAUCUAGGGCCAGAUUAUCAAUGGUUGACAUUAGUUUUUGCAACGAUUGGGAAGAUUGGUGCUUCCUGUGCAUUUGCUGUUUUAUUUUUAUAUUCUGGUGAGAUAUUCCCAACAGUGAUACGAAACAGUGCUUUAGGAAUAGGGACAUUCUUUGCCAGGGCUGGUGGAAUGGCAGCACCAUAUAUAGUGAAUAUGGUUAUGCAUGUAGAAGGAGAUUUAGGUAAAACAUUGCCGAUGGUUAUAUUUGGUGUAUCGUCAGUUAUAGCAGGGUUCCUGUCGUUUUAUCUGCCUGAAACCAGAUAUAAAGAUUUACCAGAAUCUAUAGAAGAUUGGUUAAGUUACACAAAGAAUACAGAUAUUAGUAGGAAGAAACAGAUCGAAACAGAAUCAUUGCAGAAAACACCAGAAAUACAAGAACUACAAGAACUACGAACAGAAACAUCAGAAAAAGACCCGUUUAUAUGAUUAUAACAAUAUUUAGUUUUAUACUGAGUAUGAUAUCAAAACCAUUCUCCAAAACUCUUAAAUUUGUGUACAAUCUCUAGCUUAUAAGCAUAAGAUAAUUGUUUUUCUUUUAACAAAACACCUUUAAACUUUAAAGCAUUUAACUUUAAAGCAUUAAGCUUUAAACAUUUUAUAACUGAUACGAAAAUUGUAGAAGUUAUAUUUUGUUUUAUGUCUUGCUAUUUAGAGUUGUCAUAUAAUAAUAAUAUCUUUAAGACCAUACUUGAAACUGUACAUUUGUGUAAUCCUGCUUGAUGUUUUCUGUCUGUAUGUCAAAAAUAAACAAAUAACAAAAAAAAAACUUUAAAUACUCCUCCUAAAGAACCCCCCACCCACCAAAUCACCAACUACAAUGACAAUGGACGUUUUGUUGUGUAUCAAUUAAAUGGUUAUAUCGUAUCGAUAUGCAUGAAAUAUUAUUAUUGCAUAAUUGUGAUGUGAAACUAUACAGUCUUAUAGUCUUAGAAUAGAGUCUUAGACCAGAUACUCCAUAUACUCUAGAGUAUUAAAGGAUCAUUUUGAAUAAGAAUAAAACCUGUGAACAACCUGUGAACAUUGUGACCCCUUCACUUACAAAAAGUGGGGGGGGGGGGGGAUCAUUUGUUAUACGACCGCAAAAUUUGAAAAAAAAUUCGUCGUAUAUUGCUAUCACGUUGGCGUCGUCGUCUGCGUCGUCGUCGUCGUCGUCGUCCGAAUACUUUUAUUUUUCGCACUUUAACUUUAGUAAAAGUGAAUAUUAAUCUAUAAAAUUUUAACACAAGGUUUAUGACCACAAAAGGAAGGUUGGUAUUGAUUUUGGGAGUCUUGGUCCCAACAUUUUAGGAAUUAGGGGCCAAAAAGGGCCCAAAUAAGCAUUUUCUUGGUUUUCGCACUAUAACUUUAGUUUAAGUUAAUAGAAAUCUAUGAAAUUUUGACACAAGGUUUAUGACCACAAAAGAAAGGUUGGGAUUGAUUUUGGGAGUUUUGGUUUCAACAGUUUAGGAAUUAGGGGCCACAAAAGUGCCCAAAUAAGCAUUAUUCUUGGUUUUCGCACAAUAACUUUAGUUUAAGUAAACAGAAAAUAAUGAAAUUUAAACACAAUGUUUAUGACCAUAAAAGGAAGGUUUGUAUUGAUUUUGGGAGUUAAGUUCCCAACAGUUUAGGAAUUAGGGGCCAAAAAGGGACCCAAAUAAGCAUUUUUCUUGAUUUUCGCACCAAACCUUUAGUAUAAGUAAAUAGAAAUCUUUGAAAUUUAAACACAAGGUUUAUGACCAUAAAAGGAAGGUUGGUAUUGAUUUUGGGAGUUUUGGUCCCAACAGUUUAGGAAUAAGGGGCCCAAAGGGUCCAAAAUUAAACUUUGUUUGAUUUCAUCAAAAUUGAGUAAUUGGGGUUCUUUGAUAUGCCGAAUCUAACUGUGUAUGUAGAUUUUUAUUUUUUGGUCCCGUUUUCAAAUUGGUCUACAUUAAGGUCCAAAGGGUCCAAAAUUAAACUUAGUUUGAUUUUGACAAAAAAUAAAUCGGUUGGGUUAUUUGAUAUGCUGAAUCUAAAAAUGUACUUAGAAUCUUGAUUAUUGGCCCAGCUUUCAAGUUAGUCCAAAUCGGGGUCCAAAAUUAAACUUUGUUUGAUUUCAUCAAAAAUUGAAUAAAUGAGGUUCUUUGAUAUGCCAAAUCUAAUUGUGUAUGUAGAUUCCUCAUUUUUGGUCUUGUUUUCAAAUUGGUCUACAUUAAAGUCCAAAGGGUCCAAAAUUAAACUUAGUUUGAUUUUAACAAAAAUUGAAAUCUUGGGGUUUUUUGAUAUGCUGAAUCCAAACAUGUACUUAUAUUUUUUAUUAUGGGCCCAGUUUUCAAGUUGGUCCAAAUCAGGAUCUAAAAUUAUUAUUAUAUUGUGCAAUAGCAAGUCUUUUCAAUUGCACAGUAUUGCACAAUGGCAAGAAAUAUCUUAUUGCACAAUAGUGUGAAAUAGCAAAUUUUUUUUUAAUUAGAGUUAUCUUUCUUUGUCCAGAAUAGUAAGCAAGAAAUAUCUAAUUACAAUUGUAAGAAAUUUUUUUAUUUGGAGCUAUCUUUCUUUGUCCAGAAUCAACUUAAAUCUUUGUUAUAUACAAUAUACAAUGUAUAUUCACUUUUUACUACCAACUGAUAAAUUAUAAAAUAAUCUUUACCAUUCAGUGAUAACAAGCAGUUUUUCUACAUCUUAAUAUUUUAUGAUGUAUUUAAAUGAGUAGUUAUUGUUGCAAACUCCAUUAGAAAUUUUAAUUGAGAUUAGUUUUGGAAUAAGGGAAAGGGGAUGUGAUUAAAAAAAAUUGGGUUCAAUUUUCUCAUUUGAAAUUUCAUAAAUAAAAAGAAAAAUUCUUCUAACAUUUUUUUGAGAGGAUUAAUAUUCAACAGCAUAGUGAAUUGCUCAAAGAGAAAACAAAAAUUUUAAGUUCAUUAGAACACAUUCAUUCUGUGUCAGAAACCUAUGCUGUGUCAACUAUUUAAUCACAAUCCAAAUUUAGAGCUGAAUCCAGCUUUAAUGUUGUGUCCAUACUUGCCCCAACCGUUCAGGGUUCAACCUCUGCGGUCGUAUAAAGCUACGCCCUGCGGAGCAUCUGGUUGUCAUUUUUUCUCAUGUGAAAUUCUUUAAUACUAUUCUAAACAAAAUAAAUGUGUUUGUCAUAUAUUGCAAUUAUUGGAACAGUAGGACUACAUUUACUUUUGAAACUGAAUGGGGUGCAUUCGUUCUUCUUUGUAGAACUUAAAUGAUUUUGUAGCAUUUGAUAUCGCUGUUUUUAAAAGUAAUGUAGAAAUACCUAAUCCCCGUUUCCAUUCUCAUUUUCAUUUAUCAAAUGCCUACAAGAUAUGCAAAUUGUAUUUCCUUCAUAAUCGUACAAGGUAUUUCUUUCUGCUGUACACAUUCCGUCUAGCUAUCUACUAUCUACUAUAAUACUAUUACUGAUUAUAUGUUUUAUUUAUUCUAUAGCUAUCUACUAUUACUGAUUAUAUGUUUUAUUUAUUCUAUAGCUAUCUACUAUUACUGAUUAUAUGUUUUAUUUAUUCUAUAGCUAUCUACUAUUACUGAUUAUAUGUUUUAUUUAUUCUAUUUACCAACGUAUUGUUUUGUUUUUGCUUUUGUUUCUAUUUAUCUAUUUCAGUUGUUACGGUUUUUUGUUGAUAUUUAUAUUGCCAAAUGGAUACAUCAUGAGCUAUGUCAGUAUAGCUCCGGAUGAAUUUUGAUCUUGGAAAUGUGAUUUUAUUUUAUUUUAUUUUUUCGCUUCAACUGUUGAAUCAUUGUAUAUGCAUGUAAUAUAUGUAUCAUCACUUUUUUUUAUAUUUCAUAAGGAAAUGCAUUUUGUCUAUGUAAUUGACUCAUGUUAUUAUGUGCAUAAAUUUUAUUUUUAGAAUAACUA